AUUUUUACUUCAAUUCACCUCAAUUAAAAAUUGUUAAGACAGUAUUCUUGCAUUUUACAUACAUAUAUGGUUGCCUACUGUCACAAAUGGUAAUUAUUUAAGUGUCAAGAUGGCAGGGGCGCUUGCGAGGAUUACAAAUGCAAGUAAAACGCAAUUUGGAUUGAUUGCGCCCAUCAACAGUUAUGCCAACGUUCUGUUCUACUCGAACCCUCCGCCAGGCACACCACCCCCGCAGACCCGCACCACCUUCGGUAACCUGAAGGAUGAGGAUCGCGUCUUCACCAAUUUGUAUGGCAAACAUGAAUGGAGGUUGAAAGGUGCUCUAAAAAGAGGUGACUGGUAUAAAACCAAGGAAAUAUUGCUUAAGGGUGCUGACUGGAUCAUAAAUGAAGUCAAAACUUCCGGUUUGCGCGGUCGUGGAGGCGCCGGAUUUCCGGCUGGAAUGAAAUGGUCGUUCAUGAAUAAACCCGCCGAUGGUCGCCCGAAGUAUUUAGUCGUUAAUGCCGAUGAGGGCGAGCCUGGAACCUGCAAAGACAGGGAAAUCAUGCGACAUGAUCCUCACAAAUUAGUUGAGGGUUGUUUGAUUGCUGGAAGGGCCAUGGGAGCAAAGGCCGCGUAUAUUUACAUCCGCGGUGAAUUUUACAAUGAAGCUUCCAACAUGCAAGUUGCUAUUGCUGAGGCGUAUCAAGCAGGCUUAUUAGGAAAGAACGCUUGUGGAUCCGGGUAUGAUUUCGACGUUUUCAUGCACCGUGGCGCUGGUGCGUACAUCUGCGGUGAGGAAACUGCUCUCAUUGAAUCCAUCGAAGGCAAGCAGGGAAAACCCCGUCUAAAGCCGCCAUUCCCCGCUGAUAUCGGUGUGUUUGGAUGCCCGACAACGGUGACAAACGUCGAAACUGUUGCUGUUUCACCUGCAAUCUGCAGACGCGGCGGUGCUUGGUUUGCUUCCUUUGGUCGGACGCGUAACUCCGGCACUAAACUCUACAAUAUUUCGGGUCAUGUGAAUACGCCAUGCACCGUUGAAGAGGAAAUGAGCAUUCCUCUAAAGGAACUUAUUGAAAGACAUGCUGGUGGUGUCACUGGCGGUUGGGAUAAUUUACUAGCCAUUAUUCCGGGCGGUUCUUCCACACCUCUUAUCCCGAAACACGUUUGUGAUGACGUGUUGAUGGAUUUCGACGGUUUGGUCGCGGCUCAGACUAGUUUGGGUACUGCUGCCAUCAUUGUGAUGAAUAAGCAGACGGACGUCGUCAAGGCGAUAGCGCGUUUGAUUAUGUUCUACAAACAUGAGUCCUGUGGUCAAUGCACACCAUGCAGAGAAGGUAUUAACUGGAUGAACAAGAUGAUCUACCGGUUUGUUGAUGGUAAUGCAAAGCCAGAGGAAAUCGAUAUGUUGUGGGAGAUCAGCAAGCAAAUUGAAGGACACACGAUUUGUGCGUUGGGUGAUGGUGCAGCAUGGCCGGUACAAGGCCUGAUUAGACAUUUUAGACCUGAAUUGGAAGCCCGUAUGGAGAAGUACCACAAACAGAAGGCUUGCAACUAAAUAAACACCUUAGUAAAUUUAAAUCCGUUACGAUUACUCAAUCAUUUCGAUUCAAAUCCAAGAAAUUCGUUGUUUGUGAAAGAGUUAUGUAUAUAAUUAAGCAUUAUAAGUGAAAUCACUACAGGAACUAUUAAAUUUUAAACGGCGGCGCCCUUA